AUGCAUGCUGACCUCGACUUGGACCGUACGCAAUUGAUCAAAGAUCUGCAACGUGGAUUCUCAGGCGAGGUACCGUACGACUACAUCACCAAACUCAAAUAUUACGAUGCUCGUCUUUUGCUCGUCUUUGCUGGCACUUCUAGUGGCCCAGACAGUUACUGCACAGGUGCCGUCGUCUCGAAGUCUGGACCUCUGGGAGAUGCUCAAGAGCUCUUCAACGUGUUCGGAAGGCUUUGUAACGAAUCAAGACGACUACACCAGCUGCAGCGAGCUGACGAUGGUUCAAGAUGUUAUCUUUACCUGGAUUCCGGAUUCCGACAUGACGAUCCUGUUGGCAGGGGACCGUGUACCCUUGUGGAAUGGUUCGAGAGGAAUUGGGACAUCUGA